GGAAGCGCCUCUGGGGCCCUUUUAUGGGGCCUGUUGGUUUUCUGUUGGUCACACACAGGCCCUCGCCAUGAACGGUCUCACGGCUGCCCUCCUGGUCUGGACUCUGAUUUCUCCCAGCGGCGGAGGCCACGGGGGCAGAGGGGAAAUUUGGCCCACACACGUGGCCUGCAGGAACGAGGGCUUGGAAGUGUUCUACCAGAGCUGCGAUCCUUUGCAGGAUUUUGGCUUUUCUGUUGACCAGUGUUCCAAAAAAUUACAACCGCAUCUCAGCAUUAGAUUUGGCAUCAUUCUGAGGGAAGAUAUCCGGGAGCUGUUCCUGGAUGUGCUCCUCCUCACAAAAGGCGCGUCUGUUCUGAAUUUCUCCUAUCCUAUCUGCGAGGACGAUCUACCCAAGUUUUCUUUCUGUGGAAGAAGGAAAGGAGAUCUAACCCAAGAAGCCUCCUUCAAACCCAGCCAAAUGAAUUGCUCCCUCCGACUUCUCCCAGAGCAUCAUGUUCUAUUUCUGCCACAGACCUUAUCUCAGCUGGAAGUGUAUUUGAAUGAUUCUGUCCCAGAGAAGUGACUGACACUAAGACGUGAAGGGGAAAUGACACCAGAGACACAGGGAGAACUGAAGCCAGUCCAAACCCAAGCACAGGCUGCUGUGACAGAUCAUGUAUGAAAUGGUCCCAGGGACCUGCAGGUUCUUCCUAGCAGAAUGGUGAGAAAACUCAGUGUCCACUGUGGGCGGCACACUCUGGCGUCCACUGCGGUUGAGUGAUUGGUAUCAUUGCCACCACAUUUCUAUGCCUUCCUCUGCAAACUGCAUCCCACUGGCUGUCCUCCAAGGCAGAUGAAAUCUACAAAAUUGGUCAGGCUUAGUGAGACCGCAAGUGUAAAAUAAUGUCUCCUUUUCCUCUGGGCUUCCCUUUGCUAGCUCUAAAGCAGGAAGUGUAUUGGAUCCAAAGACCAAAUGAUGCUCUUCUGGCAGCAUUACUAAUGGGGUGAUUGACAAAUGGGGAAAAACAACCUAUAUGUCCAAUAAUAGGGGAUUCAUUAAGUAGGUCAUUGUUUAGCCCACAAUAUGCUGUGAUUUUAAAUGCUAUCAUAGGGAUUAUUGAAUAACAUGAAAACAUAAGAAUAUUAUUAAGUAACAAAGAAGCAUACUAUAACAGAA